AUGUUGGGGCCAGCGGUAACCAUGUGCUUUGGGGUUUGCACCUAUGCUUUAUAUGUUGGCUCCUUGUGGUAUUACGAAGUAUCUGGGCAGCAAAUAUUCCCGCUGGUGGGAGGUGCUGUCGUCGGGAUUGGCGCAGGGGCCGUAUUCAUCACUUCAGGCUACAUCCAAGUGGCCUAUUCGGACGAAAAGAACAAAGGAAAGUUCAUCGCGAUCCAGAAUACUCUUCAAGCCACAGGGUCAACUAUCUGCAGUAUUCUACCUGUCAUUCUCAACAAAGAUAAUAUGUCCCGUUCAGGAGUGCCCCCAGCGAUCUAUAUCACAUAUAUCACAUCCAUGCUCGUUGUAGCUAUGUUGGCGCUACUGACACUUCGGCGACCAGCACAGGUCAAGGCUGCAGGCGUUAGCAGCACAGCGCACCACCAACUGCAAUGCGAUCUGCUCAGGGAGUUGAAGGCCAACCUCUCUGUAUUUAAAGAAUGGAAGCUUCUACUGAUGCUGCCGGCCUUCUUGCCAGCUGGGUCGUUUCUGAUCUACCUGGGCUCAGUGAACGCCUUCCAGAACAGUCUCCGGGCCCGCUCACUCCUAUCGUUUGUGGCUCUCGUUGUGCAAGUUCCCUUCGGUCACUUGCUCCAUAUGAUCCUCGACAAACCUGACUGGACAAAGCGCGCGCGGUCUCUUGCCGGAGUGACCUUCGUUGGCUUACCUCUGUGUAUCGCUUGGGUUUGGGAGAUCGCUCGCACAAGAAACAUUGACAGGACCACGCCCCCGAGCGUGCCACUUGAUUGGACCGACCACGAGUAUGGUGCAAGCAUGGUACUAUUCACUUUAAAUUGGACCGCCUCCAUUCUUUGGCAAUACAUCGUUCCUUGGUUCAUUGGUGCGUUGGACAUUCCUCCCGAGAAGCUCAGUCACUACAUGGGCGUCCAACGGGGUUUCUUUGCUGCAGGAGAGGCUAUCUGUUUUGGGGUUGAUGCUGCGACAAUAUCAUAUGUGGUCUUUUCAGGUGCUAUAUUUGCAUUCUAUGCUGCAGGUAUCGCCGUGCUCUUUUAUAUUGGCGCCUACGAAUUGAAAGAGAUCGAUAGCCAUGGUUUAAUCGCAACAAGGCGUCCACCAACGGACCUAGAGGCCGAAGGCUCCAACCAAGUUGAGAAAGAACGAACCGGCAUAUGA